GGCGGGGCAGGGCCCUGAGGGCGGCGGGGCCUGUGGCGGGCGGGCGGAGCGGAGCCUGCGCGGCGCUGACGGAAGCGGCCCCGGCGGAUGCUGGAGCUGCGCGGCCCAGCAGAGGCCGAGGGGGCCGGGGGGCAGCGCCGGGAGGGCUCGGCCCUGAGCACCCUGUCGACAUGGCUGACGACAACGAGGACCUGCAGGCCGACGAGGAGCUCCCGGCACCGGCUGAGGACAGCUUCGAGCAGCUGGAGAACGACAGCCCCGCGGAGCGCAGCGGGCAUGUGGCCGUCACCGAUGGGCGCUGCAUGUACGUCUGGGGAGGCUACAAGAAUGCCCAAGUUAGGGGAUUUUAUGACUUCUAUCUGCCUAGAGAUGAAAUCUGGAUCUACAACAUGGAAACUGGAAGAUGGAAGAAGAGUAAAACAGAAGGAGAUGUUCCCCCUUCCAUGUCUGGAAGUUGUGCGGUGUGUGUAGACAGAGUGGUGUACCUGUUCGGAGGACAUCACGCGCGGGGCAACACCAACAAGUUCUACAUGUUAAAUUCCAGAUCCACGGACAAAGUGCUGCAGUGGGUCAGAGUAGAGUGUCAGGGGGUCCCCCCUUCAUCAAAGGACAAACUUGGCGUUUGGGUUUACAAAAACAAGCUAAUAUUUUUUGGAGGCUAUGGCUAUUUUCCUGAAGGGAAGCAACGAGGAACUUUCGAAUUUGAUGAAACCUCUUUUUGGAAUUCAGGUCUUCCAAGAGGGUGGAAUGACCACGUGCAUGUUCUGGACACUGAAACUUUUACCUGGAGCCAGCCUAUAACGACGGGUAAAACUCCAUCCCCGCGAGCAGCCCAUGCCUGUGCUACAGUUGGGAACAGAGGCUUCGUGUUCGGUGGCAGAUACAGAGAGUCCCGAAUGAACGACCUUUACUACCUGAACUUGGAUACGUGGGAGUGGAAUGAAAUAAUCACGCAAGGCAUUUGCCCGGUCGGCCGAUCCUGGCAUUCUUUAACACCAAUUUCCUCAGAUCAUCUCUUUCUCUUUGGAGGAUUCACCACAGACAAGCAGCCAUUAAGUGAUGCUUGGAUUUAUUGUAUCAGCAAGAAUGAGUGGGUACAGUUUGAGCAUAACUAUUCUGAAAAACCAAGGUUGUGGCACACCGCCUGUGCGAGCGAGGAGGGAGAGGUGAUCGUCUUUGGGGGCUGUGCCAACAACCUACUUGCCCAUUCGAAAGCCGCUCACAGUAAUGAAAUUCUCGUGUUUUCGCUACAGCCAAGAUCUCUUGUAAGGCUGUGCCUCGAAGCAGUCAUUUGCUUUAAGGAGAUGUUGGCCAGCUCCUGGAAUUGCCUCCCCAAGCACUUGCUGCACAGCGUCAAUCAGCGGUUUGGAAGCAACAACACCUCAGGCUCCUAAGCCCUCUGCACUGGCAGUGCGUGGAUGAGCAAUCCUGAGCUGUAGUAACUGUACCGAGUGUGGCAAGCGUUAACCCUGUAUAGAUGACAUAGCUGUCCUGUAGGUAGCUGCUUCCUGCCUUUAAGUUGCAUGUGAAUGGCCUAGAGAGAACCUAUUUUUGUGUAAAGAUGUUUGCAAUAAAUGUAUUUAAUGCAAGUGGAGGUGUAUCCUGUGCUUAAGCUUCAGCUAGUUCUGGGUUUGUCCACCUUGAAGUGUUUGUGAGGGCCAGCCCCAAGCAGGGAGAGGAGGUGUGCAUGCGUAGGGAUAUUUUUGGGGCUGUGCAGGCAGUACAGAGGCACACCACGGCCGUGGAAGGGGAGUGUGGCUUUAGUCUAGGCUGAGGAGUGCCGUGAUGGGCGAGGCCCGUUUUAGUCUACAGCAUUAGGAAAGUGCUUAACAUACUUUUUGCCACAACCAGUCAAGGUCAGAGAACCAGGAUUUGAGAAUUGUCCAUUAUCGGAGUUGGUAAACUGUUGUAAACCUUCAGAUGUUAAAGCACCACUACUCUGCUUGUUCCUAGUUUGUUUUUUGAAACUCUUUAUGUUGUGAAACUUCAAUUGUGAACCUUAGGUAGCAGAUAUUCUGCCCUGAGAAGUGUAACUAAAAGUGCUUGAGCCUGUUGUCAGCUGUGUCAGUAACCCGUGGAGCUCACCUGCAGCAGGGUGCAGGGCCACUGCGAGCAGCUCUGCGAGGUCAGUGCCUGCCCCUGGCAGCUCGGGUCUGUCUGUCAGCAGCCCCAGCAGGGGACAGCUGGGACAAGGAGCAGGCUGUGCUGCUGUGGGGAAGGGGUUAAAUCAUGUUUUCAACUGUCCUCAAAAAAAAAAAAAUCAAUAAACAACUGACUUCUAGAACAAACAA